AAGAGAAAAUAUCCAAUCGAACGGCAGAGGAAGAAACCCUAGUUGCAAUUGAGGUUUUUCUACUAUAUAUACGUUUAGAUCUCAAGCCGAGAGCCAUUUCUGCUCACACUCUCCAUUCUGCUUCUCCACCCAGCGGCCGAUCUCUCUGCUUCUCUGCUGCUUUGUUAAGUGCCACCAUGGGUAAGGAAAAGGUUCAUAUCAACAUUGUUGUUAUUGGCCAUGUCGACUCUGGAAAGUCGACCACCACUGGGCACUUGAUUUACAAGCUUGGAGGUAUUGACAAGCGUGUUAUUGAGAGGUUCGAGAAGGAAGCUGCUGAGAUGAACAAGAGGUCAUUCAAGUAUGCUUGGGUGCUGGACAAGCUCAAGGCCGAGCGUGAGCGUGGUAUCACCAUCGAUAUUGCCUUGUGGAAGUUUGAGACCACCAAGUACUACUGCACUGUUAUUGAUGCCCCUGGACAUCGUGACUUUAUCAAGAACAUGAUUACUGGUACCUCUCAGGCUGAUUGUGCUGUUCUUAUCAUUGACUCUACCACUGGAGGUUUUGAAGCUGGUAUCUCUAAGGAUGGUCAGACCCGUGAGCAUGCCCUCCUUGCUUUCACCCUUGGUGUCAAGCAAAUGAUUUGCUGCUGCAACAAGAUGGAUGCCACCACUCCCCAAGUUACUCAAAGGCAAGGUACGAUGAAAUUUGUGAAGGAAAUGUCCUUCCCUACUUUGAAGAAGGUUGGUUACAACCCCGACAAGAUUCCAUUUGUUCUCCUUCUCUGGAUUUGAGGGUGACAACAUGAU